GUGGGUGUUUCCUGUCAUAUAAUAGCCGUCGUGAGUCCAACGUUGCAACGUACUUUUUGCGUCGACGAACCGCCAGUUGGUCGUUUAGGUAGAGCUCCGACUUUGUGAGCAAAACUCUUCGUAUAUUUUAUUAAUUUUCUUUUUUGUAGUAAACACAAUUUUGUUCUUUUUAAAAAGACUUUCGCUGACAAUUUUACCAACUUUUUUAAACUCUGAAGAGGACCAGUGAACUAUAAAGUGGGAAGGAACUACAGCUGCGUACCCGACAGUACUUUCCUUUGCUGUGUUUUUUUGUCUGGAAAUGUGUAUCGAAACUAUGGAUUCUAGCUCAAACCAGAUCAAAACAAGCUUGGUGCGUAGAAACAACAAACCUCAGUCGAAGAUGAGGUGGGAGCAGCUCCGUGUGUCCGCCUCUGAGGAGGGUAAGGCCCUGAAACAUCGUCGAGUCACCGUCAUGAAGACCUCCAUCUCUAACCACCCUUAUCGGUGCCAGGAGCAGAAAGAGCUGGAGAAAUUGGUGAAAUCUUUCCGGAAAAUCAACAAGAAGGAGAGGAGACAGGCAAAAGCAGCAGCAGGAGCAGCGGUGCCUUUGCCCAGUCAUCCAGUGGGUGCAAUGGCGCCAGAAAACACCACUCAGUACCUGAUGGGGGAAGUUUAUAAAGGUUUGAGUCAUGUUUUAAACACCCAGACUGUUACAGAAGAGCCGAACUCUCGUCUGUAUCGUGAUUGUCUCUCACCUGUGUCUGUAUAUGCGGAGUUGGACUCUAGUUAUGAAAGCUGCCUCGCCUUUCAGAGCCGGGACUUUGAAGAAACGUUUGGCCAGUACUGGUAACCGGAAUGAACUGGUCUGCGUGGCCUCGUGAAGCUGUUCAGACGGCGUCUCCACCUGUGACUCUUAAAUUAAGACGCGUGAAAAGGUGUGAAAUUGACCUGUUUAUGUUCACCGAGCAUGUUUCUUGUUAUGUAACCAGUAGCCGUGUAAUAUGUUUCCUGAUUUCUGUGGCACAUGAUUCAUGUAUCCAUUUGUCUCACAGCGGCGCACUGGAUUGUGCCCGUCAUUGCGGGGCGCUCCUGAGCACUGCGCGGCGCUGUCGUGGGGGAUGAGUCAAACACGCCCUGGCCGAGACCAAGGAUUGUGAAACCCCGGUUAACCCGGGCAGGUAUUGUGUUGUGCUGCGUUGUCUUACAUGGCAAUAGUGGUACAUUAUAAUGUUGUCUGAGCGUUUUCCAGGUGACCUCUACAGGAUCAGGCCUCUGCUGUCUGAGGGGAGCGGCUCAUCAUGGAGAUGGUGGGCAUCACGUGACCGAAACAAGGUGACUUCGAUGUCCACUGUACGUGUCGAUUUUAUCUGAGAAGAGCAAAGUUGAAAUAAGUGUGACGGCAUAUUGAUGCCUCUUAAAGCUUUGUUUUUCAUUGUAAAAAGUGUUUAAGUCUCAAAUGUUAAUCCUUAAAGUUAAAUGCUGAGUUUAAAGUCUGAUGGACAUAUUUUUCGUAAAAUAAACAUGUUUCUUGAAAGUUAAGUCAUUGACUCUAUCUGAAUUUGAUUGUGUUUGUGAUUUUUUUUCAUCAGAGGAGCACCAACAGCCUUAGUUCCAAAACAACAUAUGUUGUUGAGGUUCCCCUUUUCUCCAGGAUUAAGGUAUGCUUUUGGGUCAAUCAGACUUGGUAUAGAGCCUUUCAUAUCAAUAUUUAGCACAAAGUGCUUAAUAUGAAUAGAAAAUCAUUCAAAACCCCUAAUCAUUUUAAGUUUAAAGGCAAGCAUAGUAUAAUGAUAAAACAAAUACUGGUAACAAUUUACAAUAACCAUAACUUAUAAAGGGCAAGCAGAUAGUUUAUUAAUGUUUAAUCAUCAUUUAGAAACAACAUAUAGACCAUUAAUAAGCUGUAAAUUUUACCAUUUUAAUUGGUGGUUUUUAAACCACUAAUCAAUCAUUUAGAAAGUAUUACAAACAUCAGUUGCAACUUAACUAUCUGUCUAUAAAUAAUGUUUUUAAACAGUGUCAAAACCAAAUAUUAACCAUUUACAAAGUAUUGAAGAAACACAUUUAAUCUCAACGUUUUUACAACCAAUAUUUAAACCCUCUAUAAACCUUAAAUAAAUAGUUCAUAAAUAAUUUAUGAAUAUUAUAUUACAUAAAUAAACGAUCAUUUAUGAUUGGUCUAUAUGCUGUUUUUAAAUGAUUUAACAUUAAUAAACUAUGGAUUUACUGUUUAUGAAUUAUGGUUAUAGUAAAGUGUUACCCAAAUACUAAUUCAAUAAGAUAAUACACACACGCAUGCAGAUAAAUGUGAUAUAAAAAAAAAAGCCCUCUAAGAUGUGCAUAGAGUUUGUAAAAUGUAGUGUGUAGUUUAAACUAUGCAAGGACAGCAGACACUAAACUCAGGGUGAAUGUUACUUGUCUAAGUUGACUGUUGACCAUAUUUGGAAAUGAUGACAAAGAUCCGAGAAAGUGAGGCUGUGAAACCUUUCUGUGUAUCUAGUAGAUGCAUUGUUUGCUCCCCAUUCUUCCAAGAAUUAAAUGUACUUUCUUUAUAUAUUUCUUGACCUCCAGAAAGAUUUUUCUGACAUAAUUGGUCCUUUGAGCUAGAUCUCAUGUGCUCCUGCCUUCCCUUGACAGUGGACCUGAUACUGUGCACAGAGUGUCUGGAACUCUGAAUGAAAGACCUCUGCCCUGCCCCUGAAAAGGAGCAGUUUGGAUUAUUGAGAGACCAGGAGGAAUCUGUCAUUGGAGGUAGGAGUGACAAGAAAGGAGAGACAGCUGGCUUUAUGCAGGGUCCCCUUGAAUAAAUGUCCCCCCACCCCCCAUCAAAAAUGUGGAAGUCGAGAAAGCGUAUUUUAAUAUACCAGCAAAAUAACACAAAUUGACAAAAGUAACGAGUAGUGAAAAGUUCUGAAAAGUGGACAAGAUGCAGUAUCAGCUUUCUCCUUAGAGGAGGGGAAGGCACAGCAGACCCAGAUCCAUUGGGAGGCAUGUCCAGAAAGAGGUCAUGCAAAAACACCCCACAAACAUGGAUUUAUCUCAGCAUCCAAAACAAAGGUAGACAUGUUUUGUCUCCCCACAGUUACCAAACAAUAGCCAGAAGAACAUGCAUUGCACCGUGUAUUACAAACAUACACCAGGGUCAGAGGUAUGAAAAACAGUUUCUAAAGAAACCACAUGUCCAACUUAGGCUGAUUUUGGGACAGGGCAGCAGCAUGCGAACUGGAGGAAGAAGAACAAAAUCUACACAUACUCAGUAGCACCUCAUGUUUCAUUAGCUAAAACUGCUGCAGACAAACAUGAGGACAAAUGUAUCUGUUCAAGAUUGUAAAGUAUCAGAAGAUGUCUUUUUUUCUACAUUCUUUUGGUGACACAAGAUCAGGACACUUAUUGUUUCUUUCGCUUACUGUCAGAUACACAGCCAUAUUGAGCCAUGGUAUUGAUCAUGUCUCAACAGGAGGGGUGGUAUCUGUUAGAAUAUGAAUUAUAACAUAUUACUCAAACUAGAACAUAUAGUUUUACAAAUUAUGCAGAAAAAUAUCAGCAGGCCCUAAAGAAUAAAAGCUGAAUAAAGCUAUGAAAGUGUUAUAAUUGGCUUCUACUUUGUUCACUUCAUAUCAGUACUUUUCCCCUGACCUCAUGUAACUUACCGGAAGUUUUCAUUGACUCAGAGGUUGUUUUCAUUUAAUUUUGUACAGUGUGGCAUUUGGCUUGAUAAGUAGGAGCCCGAUGUAACCACAAGGGUCUCUUUAUUCUGUUGAACAGGUCUGCUGUACAGUAGAUGCAAUCCUCAAGGACAACAUUCACACAUGUUUAAUACCACAUUUCAGCAAGACCAGUGAACAAUGCUAUGCCUGUUCACAUCAGAGAUAACUGGCCAAUGAGACUCGUUCGUGUGUAAGUCCAACCUCUGCUCAAGCCCAGGAAGAUAACUGUGCAACAAACCCUGAAAUGACGCCUCGCCUGGCUGGGAUCCUGCAGGAGCUCUGACACUUGGAUCCUAGCACUGCUUUGCUUUACCUGUGACCUAAAUAAAUUUUAUCUGUGAACUCAA